AUGCUGCCUCGAGGACACACUGCCAGAGCUCUUGUCUACAGAGCUACGUUUUGCGAUGUAUUCGAAAAACUGUUUGACCACACAUUUGUCUGGAGAGUGCCUGCUGCAUUCGAUUUUCAAGAUCUUAUUCCACUCGGCCAUCUUCCUCGUGGUCAUGGAGGUUUUCCUCGUGGCAAUGAUCUUGGAAGAACACAGAGAGGUCGGUCAAGUGUGAUGAAUAGUAAUGCUAGUAUGGUGAUGAAUUGGGGCGGCCAUAGGAAGAGUACAUAA